AUGUUGGAAGUUGCGGAGCAAGAACUCGCAACGGCUCGGGACCGGUCGUUAGCUGCCGAGGUCGAGGCGCAGCGCGUCGCGGAACGAGCGAUUGAGCUGAAGGACGCGGCUGUUGCGGCGGAGAACGCGGUGGAUGAGGUGCUGCGUGACGUGGAAGCUGAGCUGGCUGUCGAGGUGGCAGCGCAAAAGGCGCUGAACGCUGCUGAUGCGGCGUUCGUUGCGCAAGAGUUGGCGGCGACGGCGGCGGAAGCAGAAUUGCGCGCAGCACUGCUAGAUUUUGUGAAUAGGGAGGGCGAAGCGGGAAGGUCAGAGGAGGAAGGCGGACUGGGGGGCGCGGAUCCGGGAACAGGCGCCGGGGGGAAGCCUUCUGCGGAAAAAGUUACCGCGGAAAGGGUAGACGCGCUGAAGGCGGCGGUGAAAGAGGCGCAGGAGUUGAUGCAGGCGCGCAGGGAGGAGCUGCGCACGCGGCGGGAGGCGCUUACGCAGGUGCUGGCGCGGAAGGAGAGGCUGCUGCAGCUGGCGGCGGAGCGGGCGGAGCGCGCGGGAGAGGCGCGGAGGUUGGCGCAGGAGGCGGAGGAGCGCGCGGCUGCAAGCAUGGCGGCGGCGGAAGAGGCGGUGGCGGGGGAGGUGGAGGCAAAUAGGCGCGUGUCGGACGCGAGCAAGGCCAUCAGCAAGGCGGAGAAGCUGAGCAAAGAUAUCGCCAAGGCAAGGGAGAAGGCGGCCCUGCUGACUGUGGAGAAGGAGGCUCUCCUGGCCAAUGAGGUGGCUCGGGCGUCUGCUGCGCUGGCGUCUACAGUGAAAGAGGGCAAGGCCGCAGCGAAGGAGAUGCUGCCACGUGGCACCCCUGCUGCAGCUGAUGCCGCUGGUGAUUCAAACGCCGCUUCUCCUGGUGUAGUCAGCACUGCUGCUUCUGGUAGUGGUGCUGCUACAGCUGGUGGGGUGGCAGCAGGUGGGGCAGGCGGGGAAUUGGGUGGCAAUGCUGCAGCAGGUGCAGCUGAGGCGGUUGUGGGGGCGGAUGGUGGCAGGGGGAAGGGGGAGGAGCGCGAGGAGGAGGCAUCGAAGGGAGAGAGUGCGGUACAGAGUGGUGGUGGGGAGUCUGGGAAGGAAGGUGGGGUGAAGAGUGCAGGUAGCAGUGCCGCGACUGCUGCCGCUGCGCCUGUGGGAAAGGUUCCUGGGGAAGGGAAUGGGGUGGCACGUGUCAGCCUGGAAUUGGACAAGGCAGAUGACACCUCCCCCGCCGCAGGUGCCACCUCCCCCUGGGCGUGGCUGCAGAGCGCCCUGCCCCGCGCGCUCGCCGCCUUCAGAAGGCACCUCCCCAAGGCCGUGGUGGCGUUUGUCGUUUUGCUGCUGGGGUGCGUGGCGCUGAACGCACGCAUGGAGAAGCGGGCGGCGCAGAGAGGACAGCACGUGCCGCCCGUGACGAUGGCGGUUAUGGAGGUGGAGCAGAAGGCGGUGCGGCCGCUGGUGGCGGAGGUGCAACGGGUGGGGAUGAGGGUGCGGGAGAUGGUCGAGAAGAUGCCGAAACAUGAGCCGAACGAGGAGGAGGCAUCGCUGUAUGACGUGCUCUGGCUGCUGCUCGCCAGUGUCGUGUUCGUUCCAGCCUUUCAGAAGCUCCCGGGAGGCAGCCCCGUGCUGGGCUAUCUAGCAGCAGGCGCCCUCAUCGGUCCGUAUGCGCUGUCAAUCAUAAAGCACGUGCACGGCACCAAGGCACUCGCAGAGUUUGGAGUGGUCUUCCUCAUGUUCAACAUCGGCCUCGAGCUGUCUCUGGAGCGACUCAACUCCAUGCGCAAAUACGUCUUCGGUCUUGGCUCUGCUCAGGUGCUGGUGACAGCGGUGGUGGUGGGAGUGAGUGUGGCGGCGCUCGCAUCAGUGUCAGGCCCGGCUGCCCUCGUCAUUGGCAGCGGCCUCGCGCUCUCUUCUACUGCCGUCGUGCUCCAGGUGCUGCAAGAGAGAGGGGAGAGCACUUCUCGCCACGGCCGUGCAACCUUCUCAGUUCUCCUCUUCCAGGAUCUGGCGGUGGUGGUGUUGCUCAUCCUCAUCCCUCUCCUCGCACCCUCUCCGACUUCUGCCGACGGGUCCGUGGGUCUGGCAGCCAUUGCAAAGGCGCUGGGGCUGGCAGCAAUGAAGGCCGUCGUCGCCAUUGCAGGCAUCUUUGCGGGCGGCAGACUGCUAUUGCGUCCCAUCUAUCGCAGCAUGGCGGAGAAUCACAACGCGGAGAUCUUUGCCGCCAACACGCUGCUUGUCGUGCUCGGGACCUCCGUGCUCACCGCCCAGGCGGGCCUGUCAAUGGCGUUGGGAGCGUUCCUAGCGGGGUUGCUGCUAGCAGAGACAGAGUUUGCACUCCAGGUGGAGUCGGACAUCAACCCCUACCGCGGGCUGCUGCUCGGGCUCUUCUUCAUGACUGUGGGAAUGUCAAUCGAUCCCAAGCUACUAAUCGCGCGUUUCCCCCUCAUCAUUGCGUCAAUAGCAGCACUCAUCAUCGGAAAGACAGCUCUCAUAACAGCCAUGGGGCGCUACUUCGGUCUCUCCACCAUUGCUGCUGUGCGCACCGGCCUGCUAUUGGCGCCGGGAGGAGAGUUUGCGUUCGUUGCAUUCGGGGAGGCAGUGCAGAAGGGCAUCAUGCCGGCGCAGCUCUCCUCUCUCCUCUUCCUAAUCGUCGGCAUCAGCAUGGCCAUCACGCCCUGGCUCGCCGGCUUUGGUCAGCUGCUGGCGGCGCGCUUCGACCAGCAGGACGUGAGGAGUCUGGAGCCGCAAGAGACAGAGACGGACGACCUGCAGGGGCACAUCAUCAUCUGUGGCUUCGGCCGCGUGGGGCAGAUCAUCGGCCAGCUGCUCUCAGAGCGCCUCAUCCCCUUCGUUGCCCUCGACGUGCGCACUGAGAGAGUGAGCGCGGGUCAGAGUCUUGACUUGCCUGUCUAUUUCGGCGACGCGGGCAGCCGGGACGUGCUGCACAAGGUGGGGGCGGAGCGGGCGGCGGCGGCCGUCAUUACUCUCGACACGCCCGGAGCGAACUACCGCGCGGUGUGGGCUUUGACACGCAACUUCCCACACAUCAAGACGUUUGUGCGCGCGCAUGACGUCGACCACGGGAUCAAUUUGGAAAAGGCUGGUGCCACUGCGGUGGUGCCAGAGACGUUGGAGCCCAGUCUGCAGCUGGCAGCAGCAGUGCUCGCCCAGGCCAAGCUCCCGCCAGCGGAGAUUGCUGCCACGCUGGACGACUUCAGAGUGCGACACCUGGCAGACCUCAAUGAGACGUCCAUGGGCUUUGCAUCAUCAUAG